GCCAAGGCAACUGACUACUGACAACGUCGACGACCUUCCGAGGGCCAUCCAUAAGGGCAGCGUGAGACAAUUCUAGGCAAGCGGUAAAUGGCUCCACCCCGCCGGGCCAUCCCGGUGCCGGGCGAGCGACAGCGCAGCGUUGAUCAGCAAACGAGCGCGAGGGGAGGCACAUCGCGGGGCCGGCGUGACCAGGGACGAGAGCAGCGGAGGCCGAGCGGGGCAACGCAGCAGCCGCCAUGGCGGAGCAGUCUGGAUCUGGUUUGGUCCUACUCGCGCUCCCAGGCCUUCUACGGCGAAAACAUCGCAACGUCGCCUUCCUUUGCCGAUCGCCGGUGGGCAGGUCCCCUGGCUGACGGCGAGUCGAUCGACGACGAAGACUCAGCCAAGUCGCUCGAUGAAGACGAAGAGGAGGACGAGGAAUUGUUGACCGAGGACGACUUUGACUCGCUGCCAGAUGACGACCCCCAAUAUGCCAGCCCCGCGGGGCAGCUCGACUGGCCCGAAGAGCAGCUGCCGCCCAACGCCAUUGCCGCACAGAGGAGCCGGCUGGGAAGGCGAGAGAGGAGAGACAGAGAGAGGGUCGUCGACCGGAGGUUAAGGAGCCUGGCAGGUGGCGACGGGGACGUGGAUGAAGAGAGGAGCCGGAGCCGAAGCCGAUCGCCCAAGCGGCUGACGAGCAGCAGUGGACCGUCUCGACCGAGCUCGAGGCUGCGGCUGCCUUCGUCGCCCGUCAAGCCCGUCAAACCAGACGUCGAAGAGACGGAGACGUCGCCGCUGCUAAAGAAGGCCGCGUCCACCUCGACGAUGCGCUUCAGAAGACAGGGUUAUGGCUUGUCGACCUUUUGGCAGAGCUGGUUCAACACAGUCAAUGCACUCAUCGGCGUCGGCAUCCUCGCACUCCCUCUGGCAAUCAGCUAUGCCGGACUCAUCACAGGAACAUUGCUCUUUAUUGGGUGUGGACUUGUCACCAACUACACGGGCAAGGUUCUAGCGAGGAUCAUGCAAUCGGACCCGAGCCUCAAGACGUACGCUGAUAUUGGCAUCUGUGCAUUCGGCCCCAAGGCCAGGUGGGCAGUCAGCGCCUUUUUCUGCCUCGAACUGUGGGCCGUCGCUACCGCUCUCAUCAUUCUCUUUGGCGACAGCGCACUCGCCCUCGCCAAGAAUUUCCACGUAUUGGCCAAUAUCUCACCUGCAGCAUACAAGGCUGUCGGCGUGGCUCUGGUGCUCCCCACCGUCUUUCUUCCCUUGCGCCUGCUCUCGCCCGUCAGUGUCGUGGGCAUUGUCAGUGUCACAACACUCUUCUUUGUCGUCUUUGCCGACGGCUUUAUCAAGAAGGAGGCGCCGGGCAGCUUGCUGGAUCCAAUGCCUCUGCGGUUGGGGCCACAGUGGAUGAGGCUCCCGCUGUCGUUUGGCCUCAUCAUGUCCGGCUUCUCGUCGCAUCCCAUCAUCCCGUCACUAUGCAAGGACAUGCGCGACCCUCGUUUGUUCGACCGUAUGCUCGACCUGGCCUACGUAGCAGCGACGUGCAUCUACCUCUCGAUGGGCAUAGUUGGCUACCUCAUGUUCGGCCAGGGCGUGUCCGACGAGAUUACCAGGGACGUUGCCCGCACCGAUGGAUACCCCCGCGUCCUCAACCGUCUGGCCAUCUGCCUUAUCAUCAUUAAUCCACUCAGCAAGUUUGCCCUUGCCGCUCGGCCCAUCCUCACCACUGUCGAGGUGGUCUUGGGGCUCGACUCGCCCACCAAGAGAGCGCCCAAGUCGUCUCAGGUUGAUGCCGUCGAGGAGGAAGUCAGCGACAGCCCGAUGGCUGGCUCUGCUUUCUCGCUUCGAGCCCAGGAGUACACUUCGAGCUGGAGCCCAACGCGGAAGCGCCUUCUUACCUACUCGGUCUCGCUCGUCGUCACGCUCCUCAUUGGCCUCACCGCCAUUGUCUUGCCAGGCUUUGAAAAGGUCAUGGCCUUCCUGGGUGCCUUUUUGGCCUGCGCUACAUGCAUCGUUGGCCCCCUCCUCGCGUACCUCAAGCUCUUCCACAGGGAGAUGAGGCGGCGCGAAAUCAUUCUCCAGACUGUGCUCCUCGUCCUCGGCUUUCUCGUGGCCAUCGUGGGCACUGCCUGGUCUUUCUUGGAUACCAAUUCGCUACUGUGAUGUAUGUCGCAUUCUUUACUCAAUUGUCCAAUCAAUCAACC